GAGUAGUAGGCUAUAAAUCAAGGUAGUUUUUCUGUACGAAAGUAAGGUCUCAUUUAGCACUCUGCAAUCAUGGCUGCAAUGAGCAUUUUCAAGUCAAUAGUUGUAAUCCUCUUAUACUUGCUUUCAUAUAACAGCUGCGAUGGAGGGAAACUUACUGAGCGGGCCAAUAAUUACAGAGCAGAAUUGAUCCGCAGAGAGUCUCGUGUGUCUCCACUUAUGAAAGCCCACAACCUGACGACGCGUCAACGACUGCGGCGAUCUGUGGACAGGAGCCAAAGGCGGCUGGAGAGGCUGCAGGCCUUGGCAAGAGGAAGCACAGAAAAUUUCUACAGCCCAGUAAGCUCAGGUGACUACGAAUUUAUAAUGCAAAUGGGCAUAGGGCGUCCCAUUCCAAUUCUACAGCAUAUGGUUGUCGACACAGGCAGCGACCUAAUUUGGGUGCAAUGCGAACCUUGCAUUAGCUGUUAUCAACAGCAGGACCCCUUGUACAAUUCUCAUACAUCUUCCACAUACAAGAAUGUUUCAUGCAAUAGCAAAUUUUGUAGUGGAUCGUUUUCAAAUUCGUGCGGUUAUCCUGACACAUGCCAGUAUUCCUAUCUAUAUGGAGAUUUUUCAUCCACGUCCGGAGACAUGGCUUCAGAAACUUUCAGUCUGAAAAGAAGGGCUUCGGUUUCGUCCGGGUGGGAAGCUAUUCCGCGCAUUACCUUUGGCUGCGGCAACCUGCAGGGGGGUGAUUUUGGCGGGGCCGCUGGUAUAGUCGGUCUUGGAAGAGGCGUCCUUUCGCUGGUGUCUCAGCUGGGCGAAACCAUCAAAAACAAGUUUUCAUACUGCUUGGGAUCUGUUGAAGACGAGUCCGGCGUUAGCCCUCUCUUUUUGGGAGACGCUCCGAUUGCUGGUCUUCCUGGCAAGUUCCAAUCUACUCCUUUCAUUGGGGUGAAUGAUCCCAAUUACUUUUCAACUUACUACUAUCUUAACUUGGAUGGAAUCAGCGUUGGCGGCACGACGAUUAAAUAUCCGGCUUCGACAUUCUUAGUUGAUUCUUCUGGAAAUGGCGGGCUGAUAAUUGAUUCUGGAACCACGCUAACUUAUCUGCCUGAUCCUGCGUACAAGCCCUUCCUGGCCGCAGUGAAGUCUAGUAUCAAAGCUAAGUCUGUGAAUGCCUCUUCUACCGGCGGAACCGAUCUUUGCUACGAAAGUACGGUGCCUAUAUCCAAGUUUCCACCAAUUGCUUUUCAUUUUGCAGGAAAUGCAACAUUUAAUGUGCCUCCAGGGAACUCAUUUCUAUCUGUGGAGGACGAUCGGGGACGGGAGUUGCAGUGCUUGGCAUAUUCUAGUGCAGGGCCUAAGGGUUCGUUAUCUAUAUUUGGAAAUACUCAGCAACAGAAUUACAAUAUCGUUUUUGAUAUGGGCAAGACAGAACUCUCGUUUGCUCCGGCCAUCUGUGACAAUCUGUGAUACAAAAAUAUUACAUGCCUGUAGUCUGUAGCUCGAUUUAUUUUCCUUCGAAUGCAAUAUCGUUAUUAUUCAAUGUAUUUUUUUUUCCAAUAAGAAUUCUCUCUUUUUUUUCAGGCA